GUCGUUCGUGCUUUUCUUCGCCGGAUCUCGCAAAAAUCCUCUUCGUCGGAUCUCGCAAAAAUCCUCUUCGCCGGCGCCGGCGACAGCGUGGGGGUCACCGCCUCUGCCCGCACAUAGCCUCCCUCCCUCACACCGUGCACUACCAUUCCCCCCGACGCGACCCCGACCCUUUUCCUUCUGCUGUUGGGAGGAUAACUGAAUUUGGUAUGGGUGAAAAGGCGUCAGAAUCAUUGCCCCAGGGCCGGGAGGAGGCUCCAAGGAAGCAGGAAGGUGCUGCGGCUUACGGUCCUCCGGCCUUUGCAGAAUUGGCGACAGGAAACAAGGGCCGAGGGGACGUGCGGCAGAAUAAGAUCGUAAUCACAGAGAUGGAUGAGUUUGUUUUGGGCUUACAACUGAAUGCAGAAACACACAAGCGAGAAGCGCAAGAUGUGUUUGCGGACGAAGACGACGGCACGGUGUCUUCAAACACAAGCGGGUCAGCGGCAAGGAAAAAGAUAGCUGGCACUGGAGACGAAGUAAAGGAUGGACAAGAGGGAGCAGUCAAACUGGAUGAGGUUCUACAUGAAGCUGAAAUUGGCAAAGGUUUGGCUGGUGCUCUGAAGCUUCUUAAGGACAGAGGGACACUUGAUGAGGGUGGUGAAAAAACCAGUGACAAGAAGAAAAGCAAGCCUGUUGGUAUCAAGGAUGGACCAAAAGAAAUUCACAUAGAGAGAACUGAUGAGUUUGGUCGAGUGAUGACUAUGAAGGAGGCAUUUCGGGAGCUUUCACACAAAUUCCAUGGCAAGGGCCCUGGCAAGACGAAGCAGGAGAAACGGCAGAGGAAGUACCAGGAUGAGUUGAAAACCAAGCGGAUGAAAUCUUCCGACACGCCUUUAAUGUCCGUGGAGAAGAUGAGGGAGGCCCAAGCGCUCAGGAAAACACCAUACCUUGUUUUAAGCGGCAAUGCAAAAUCAACUUAGCAACAUACUUCUAAAUUGUUUACGGUCUCCUGCUCAUGCAUGUAAUUCCUUAAAUCAUUUUGACAUUCUCAGAUGCCUUAUGGAAAAUGCACAAUUAUUUCUCUGGUUCUGUACCGGGAUUGGCGGGCUGUAGUUUCUUAGC